CAUCUACGCGGACCAGGCAGCAGACGGGACUUGAACCCGCACCCUUCGCUAUCCGGGCAAAUGCACUGACCAUUAUGCUACCGCGACCCUGACGAACGUGUCGAAUUAUUUCAUGCCUUUCUUAAGCCGCAAGGCAGCACCAUGUCUUCGCAUUGUAGGUAGCGAGACGAUUGAAAAGUAAGUAAAUUUGAACGUAAAAACAAAUUGACAAAAAUAUUAGAGAGAUGAAGAUGAUGUACUAGAUCAGUGAUCAUUUUAUGAACACAUUUGUAAUAACAAAUUGGCCAUAACUAAGUAUAAAUAAGAUCUCUGGCCAUCACCUUUAUCAUAAACUUUUUGGAUCAACAAACAGUUUCACAAAAUAAUUUCUUAAAAAUAAUAACAAUAAUAUGGUUUAGGUAGUUCAAAAUAAGCUGCACUUGCAGCUUAAUUUGAACAUAUGAAAAGUGAAUGUAGUAAAUGAUGUUGAUUUCAAGUUGACAGGAUAUUUAAAAUACAUUUUUUGAACUUUAUUUUAUUUAUUUGCUUUUUUCCCUUUUACCCUUCCCUUUCUUUUUUGCGGUGUAUCUUUGAUAUUUUUUUCAACUUUUUCGUCCUUGCGUGCCUGAACUUGAUGAUAACCAGCGAUUAAUUCUUUAAAUUGACGCGAGUAUGACUUGCUUGGGAACCCACUAUAAUGUUGAAUUUUGCCAAUGACCCUUUAGAUCAGAUGACAAAGGCUGAACAAAUGAUUCAGAUUUAGUAUGUAAUGUCAAUUUUAUGUCGCAUACUCGUCCUUACUGUUUGAUCAUUUUGGAAAUGGUUUUCUUAGUGUUGGCUACUUUCUUUCGUUUAGUAAUUUCCAAUGAAACACAAGAAGUACGUAAUAGAUAUUUGAAUAUGUAUUUUAUGUCUGUUCUCUUUGUUUUCCCUCUCAGUGUCACAGCUUGCUAUUUAUCUUCCAUCGCGUUCGUCUUUCUCUUUGUGCACGUGGUUUCAAAUCAUCGAUAGAUUUUUCUUUUUCUUUUAUUGCAGCAUAGCGUUUUCUCUUAGCUAUUCUUCGGCUGGCAAAAAUUUCUUCUUUAGAUUUUUUGCGUGCUAUUAUAACAGCUCACGCAAUAGUCACCCCGCGCUCACAGCAACGACUAGAAACUGUACCACGGACAGUUUAAGCUAGCCUGAGGGAAACUACCAAGACGCGAUUCAGGCGACAAGAACACACGUUGAAGGCGCCACUGCGGCCGGUACUGGUCGCAGGUAGUGGGUUCGGUGAUAAAAAGAUUUAUUUGUAGCAAAUAAAUCCUUUAUAGUGCCCACAUCAAAAUUCUGUGGCUAUCGCAUCCUGGCAGGUAAUAAGGGUAAUAGAGGAAACACAGGCCUGGAGGGAUCCGUCCGCAGAUAGUCGAAGGUCCAGCUCCUUCCCCAGCUUCAGACGUCACGACGAAGCCUCGACACCUGAAAAACUGAUAGAUAAUCAAAAUUCCUUCAAAUAAAAUUAGGUAGAUAAUGCAGUUAAAGGUCGAUGAUAUCAAAUCAACUGUUAUAAUAAACAUACUUAACUCUUUAAUAUUAAAGAACACCAAAAUCACAGAUAAUAUAAACUUAUAUUCAAAGAUAAUAAGUAAUCCAAAAUCAAUUAGCCAAUGCAACAUAAGCAUAAUCGUUAAUAUCUCUAUAAUCAAUCAGUAUAAAUAAGUGGCAUUAGUUCAUAUAUCAGUGGAUCCUUUAAAUUGUUGCAAUGAAAUUGUUUAUCGCGCUGCUAGUUGUGGUGGCCACUGUUCAGGCCAAGGUCUUGCCCUCGCAUACUGCUUAUGGAUACUUGGAGAGGUCUGCUGCUGAGUUUGACAAGAGGCGUGAAGCCGAAGAAAGGUUUCUCAGCAGUAGAAUCGUUGGUGGUGUCGCGGCUGGAGCGGGACAAUACCCUUAUCAGGCUGGCCUUUUAAUCGACCUUGUCGGCAUUUCUGGCAACGCGGUCUGCGGUGCUACUCUAAUCAGCCCAUCCAGGCUUGUAACUGCUGCCCACUGCUGGUAUGAUGGGAGACACCAGGCCUGGAGGUUCACCGUCAUCCUUGGCAGUGUCACUCUCUUCCAAGGUGGCAUCAGGAUCCAAACCAGUGCUAUGAGGAAUCAUCCAAACUGGUUCCCACAACUAGCACGCAAUGAUAUUGGCGUCAUAUAUCUAAGCUCUAACGUAGCCAUUUCAAAUCUCAUCGCACCCGUGGCUCUUCCGUCUGGCGCUGAACUGCUUGAAAACUUCGUGGGCUCUACUGCUAUCGCAUCUGGAUUCGGACUCACUAGUGACUCUGCAAACAUCACGACUAGCCAGUACCUGAGCCAUGUGAGCCUUAACGUGAUCACCAACUCGGUGUGCGGUUACGCGUUCCCCUUCAUACUUCAACCGAGUAACCUUUGCACAAGUGGCGUCGGAGGCGUGGGCGCCUGUCGCGGUGACUCAGGUGGUCCUCUAGUCGUCACUAGGAAUAACAGACGCAUUUUGAUUGGCGCUACCUCCUUUGGUUCAGCUCUGGGCUGCACAGCCAACUUACCGUCGGUCUUCGCCAGAAUCACAUACUUCAUCGAUUUCAUCAAUCAGCAUUUGUAAACAUUGUACCUUUUUCUAUCAUAAAAGAGAACAGAAAUACAUUAUGAAUUCUUUGUUAUUUUAUAAACACUUAUUUUAUAGUCUUUAUUUAUUUAUCCUUUAUUUUCAGGACCAGCUAUCAUUGUCCUACUAAUAAUAUAAACGUGGAAGUUGUUUUGAUGUUUGUUUUUGAGUGAGUCAGUCAAUUUGGAUGAAAAUACCGACAUUUAUACUAGUUAAGUACUUACUACACUUUUUACCCCGGAAAAUGUUAGGUGCAUGUGGGAUUCUCAAAAAACUAACUACAUAACGCGGACUAACUCGUACGCGGCAGCUGGUACAAAAAAAAAUUUUUUUCCUCUAUGAUAAACUGGCAGUCAUCAUCAGUCUACAAAUUUCCACACUGCUUGGACAAAGCCCUUCCUUUCCUAUGGAUAAAAUAGGAAGGUUCAGGCAUGGCCAUCAAGCAGGUCAAGUACGGUUUGCGAGUUGGAGAUGCUUUUCGGAACACGGAAGAGCGCUAUAUAGACAAUCAAUGGAUAUUCCCACAGGAUAUUCCCAUUGUUUGACUGCUAUUACUAAAGUUAUGUAACGAGUUCUGUGACUUCCACAAUAUAAACCAAACAACACAAACAUAUCGACAUGAGUGCAUGAAUUGCAAAAUCGUCUAUUUCAAAAGUACGUCGUAGAGUUAGUAACCCUGCUCAUCAAUUUUAGCGUUACGAUCAGGUACAAGGUGGAUUUCAACAAACUCAGCUGUAGUGGUUUUCUGUGAGCGAGCGAGAUCGAAUUCAACUAUUCGAGUUCGAUAUAAUUCGUACUCGGUACUCGGCCGGUAGGAGAACUAUCGGACGAUAAAAACGCAGCUUAUGUGUGUGUGUGCAAGGUUGAUAUAAUAUUUAUAAAUAACUAAUAAAAGGAACUGACAUUUUUUCUUGGUGUUUGAUUGUAUUUCAUUUUUGACAGUCAAAACAUGGACAAUAGCAAAAGUAUAAUACCUCG